AUGUCAGAUAGCGGUGGACCAGCAGGAGACGAUGAUAUCGGACUUCCCAAAGCGACCGUCUUCAAACUUAUCCAAGAAAUGCUUCCAGAAGAUAUAGCUUGUGCCAAGGAAGCUAAAGAUAUAAUAGUCGAAUGUUGUGUUGAAUGGGUCAAACUCAUCUCGACCCAAUCUAAUACAGUAUGUGACGAGUCAUCAAAGAAGACAAUAUCACCCGAACAUGUCAUAGAAGCUUUGAAGCAACUUGGUUUUGAAGAUUUCAUACCUGAAAUAGAAGAGAGUAACAAAGAUUUCAAGCAAUCUCAGAAGGAACGUACGAGAGCACAACCGGAUACAAACGGAAUGUCACAGGAAGAACUUCUGGCAUUACAGGAAAGACUCUUCGCUUCUAGUCAAGCUAGGUUCGAGGCUGGUCAAUGA